AUGCUGCACCUCAAUGCUUUAUCCAACUCACAACGACAACAAAUAAGGAAUGCUUUUGCUUUAUUGGAUGGCGAAUCAAAGGACUCUCUAAUCACUAAAGAAGAUUUGAAAAAGAUGUACUCUAACCUAGGGCUUAAACAACCCUCAGAAUCUGAAAUUGAAACCAUGUUUACCAUUGAUAAUGUCAAUUAUUCCGACAAGGGUAUAUCAUUUACACAGUUUCUGAAUAUUCUUGCCAAAGAGUUUCUGUUGAUUGAAGAUAGAUCGUCGAUAUAUGAGGCUUUGCAAGUCUUCCUGGCAAAGGGAAACUACAAAUCCUUCAAGGAUGAGUUGCAAAUUGAUCUUGACGACUUAAAAGAUGCUUGUUGCUCAGUGCGAACGGGUGAUGGGAAUCGCCUAUCACGCUCUACAUUUGACGAACUGGUAAAGGGAUUCGUUCUGGAAACAAUAGAUGGUAAAAAGGUAUUUCUAGCAUCGAAAUGGAUGUCAGCGUACAUUGAUUAG